UUUUAAAGCGCAGUAGCUGUAAGCCACUAAACGCGGCACGGGAUUUAGCAAAAUGAAUCUCCUAAAGUUUAUUUUUCUUGUAAUUUCAGUUGUGCAUUUUUCGCAAUGUGCUGUUGUAGAAGAAUAUAAGACGUAUAAGGAUUAUAAGUUGUUUCAAGUUACCAGUCUAGAUGGGGUGAAGGAUUUGAUUAAAGAAUUUAUGGAAUUCGAUGAUGCUCUUGUAUAUUCUGGCAACAAAACUUCAGCAGGAAUUCUGGUGAAGCCGGAUCUGGUGUCAAUUUUCGAGGAACUGGUUACUAUGAGAGGCUUAAACAUGGAACUCUUGGUGGAGGACUAUUCAAAAAUAAUCGAGAUGGAAAAACGCGAAAUUCUUCGUAAUGACGGAUUUUCGUGGCAUGCAUAUCAUGAUGUUGCUGACAUUCACGACUACCUGCGAAACAUGAGCCGAGAGUACCCCAAUAUGACGGAACUGAUAAUAGGUGGUCAGAGCUAUGAAGGCAGACAGAUUCUCGGGUUAAGAAUCAACUCUCCUUCACUUCACAAGAAGGGGAAACCAGUCUUCUUUAUUGAAUCAGGCAUCCACGCUCGCGAAUGGAUCGCUCCCGCUACGACGACCUACUUCAUCAACGAGCUGCUGACCAGCUCUGAUCCUCAUAUCAUCGCCAUGCGAGAUCAGCUCGACUGGCAUAUCUUCCCUUCUGUCAACCCUGAUGGCUACCAAUAUAGCCGCAAAUUUGAUCGUAUGUGGAGAAAAACCCGUUCCAAGUCCGCAAACGGUUGUCGGGGUGCGGAUCCCAACCGCAACUGGGACUACAAUUGGAUGAAAAGUGGUGCCUCAAGCGACCCGUGCGAUUACCAAACCUACGCAGGAAAAGAACCCUUUUCAGAAAUAGAAACCCGAUCUCUCUCUGAAUACAUCAGGACGUUAGAAAACCUGCGAGCAUACGUCGGUUUCCACUCUGAUGUUCAAAUGUUGCUGUUGCCAUAUUCGGAUUCAACAGAGCAUAUGGAUAAUUAUGAUGAUUUGGUUACAAUCGGGAAAACAUCUUUGGACUACGGUUACAAAGUGAAUAGAGAAAAAUACAACGGACCUGCAACUGCUGCUGAAAUUCUGUAUAUGGUAUCAGGUGGGAGCAUGGACUGGGUACGCAACACCCUUGCCACUCCUCUGGUGUACACCUAUGAGCUUCGAGGAAAAAACUUCCACUGGCCUCCCUCAAGGAUUCCUGAACAAGGUGACGAGGUCACACAAAUGAUGCUUGGGCUGGUCACAGAAGCUAACAAUAUGGGUUACUUUAAGACUAAGGUUUCCAAGUAAUAAUCCAUUUCAUUCUCAAAUAAAUGUGUAUAAAUUUAUAAAUAUAUACAGGCAAAUUUA